CCGAACGGUUCCGGAAACAUCCGACGAGAGCCGAGCAUCCCCAACCAAAAUGGCGGCGGCGGCGGCUGUGGUGAUGAUGAUGGGUCGGCAGUGAGUGACUCUGCUCGUGGCCGCCGCAGACAGCAGUGCCGAGUGGGGACCCGCCGGGCUCUCUCUAGUUUUCGUUUUAAUUUUUUUUAUUUUCUCCCCCGCGGUGUUUUACCACAGAGGAGGCCCCCCCGCUCUCCCUCCCCCCCCCGGGUGUAUCUAACCGUCUCCGGGCCUCGCAGCUCCACAGACACCGGCUGGCGGGGCCGCACUCAGCGCCAUCCAUGCUCAGCAAGCGGCGGCCCUGUAUGAACGAUGUGUGAGAUCUGCACGGACCUGGUGGAGGUGUUAAACGAGAUAUCGGAUGCAGAAGGCAGUGAUGGAUUACAGCUUAGAAAAGAACAUGCUCUUAAGAUAUUUGCCUACAUUAAUUCCUGGACACAAAGGCAAUGUCUGUGCUGCUUUAAGGAGUAUAAACAUUUGGAGAUCUUUAACCAAGUGGUCUGUGCCCUUAUUAACUUGGUGAUUGGCCAAGUACAAACCUUAAGGGACCAGCUAUUGAAAAUUUGCACUACUAGCCCAGACCCAAACUGGCAGGAUGAGAAUAACCCAUCCGAGGAGCUGCUGAAUGUGGAAAAGGAUCCCCAGGAAGAGGAGGAGGAGGUGGAUGAGGAUGGGGGACAUGCAGAACCAUGUAAUUCCCCUGAGAACAAGUCACAAACCUCAAGGACGUGUAACCUGACAGAAGAGGAGUCGUUGAAAAGCACUGACCUGUCUAAUUUAUGGAGUACUGACGAAAAAGAAAAACUGUUAUUAUGUGUGGCAAAAAUCUUUCAGAUUCAAUUUCCUCUCUACACUGCUUAUAAGCAUAACACACAUCCCACAAUAGAGGAUAUUUCUGCUCAAGAAAGCAAUAUACUAGGGGCCUUCUGUGACAUGAAUGAUGUGGAAGUACCUUUGCACCUUCUUCGUUACGUGUGUCUGUUCUGUGGCAAGAAUGGACUGUCCCUCAUGAAGGAUUGCUUUGAAUACGGAUCUCCUGAGACCCUUCCCUUUCUAAUAGCUCAUGCAUUCAUUACUGUUGUAUCAAAUAUUCGAAUAUGGCUUCACAUACCUGCUGUAAUGCAACAUAUAAUACCUUUUCGAACCUAUGUUAUAAGGUAUUUGUGUAAACUGUCAGACCAGGAACUUCGGCAGAGCGCUGCCCGCAAUAUGGCAGACCUGAUGUGGAGUACGGUGAAAGAGCCAUUGGAUACUGCUUUGUGCUUUGACAAAGAGAGUCUAGACUUGGCCUUCAAAUAUUUUAUGUCCCCCACACUAACAAUGAGACUUGCUGGCCUAAGUCAAAUAACGAAUCAACUACAUACAUUUAAUGAUGUCUGCAAUAAUGAGUCUUUGGUCUCUGACACAGAAACAUCUAUAGCAAAGGAGCUUGCAGACUGGCUUAUCAGCAAUAACGUUGUAGAACACAUUUUUGGACCAAACUUGCACAUUGAGAUCAUUAAGCAGUGCCAAGUUAUCCUGAAUUUUCUAGCGGCAGAAGGUCGGCUGAGUACACAACACAUCGAUUGUAUUUGGGCGGCUGCACAGCUCAAACAUUGUAGUCGCUAUAUACAUGACCUGUUCCCUUCAUUGAUUAAAAACUUGGAUCCUGUGCCCUUGAGGCAUCUGCUAAACCUUGUGUCAUGCCUUCAUCCCAGCGCACACACUGAACAGACAUUGUAUUUGGCUUCGAUGUUGAUCAAGGCUCUCUGGAAUAAUGCACUAGCAGCCAAAGCUCAGCUUUCUAAACAAAGUUCCUUUGCAUCGUUACUAAAUACUAAUUUACCAAUGGGGAAUAAGAAAGGAUCGCCAACUGCCAGUCCACAGAGCAGCGACAACAGUGAUACUCAUCACAGUGGAGGAAGUGACAUUGAAAUGGAUGAUCAAAUAAUGAACAGAUCAAAGCAUGUGCAGCAGCGACUGUCCGACACAGAGGAAUCCAUGCAAGGGAGUUCAGAUGAAACUGCUAACAGCGGUGAGGAUGCUAGUAGUGGACCUGGAAGCAGCAGUGGGCACAGUGAUGGGUCGAGUAAUGAAGUAAACUCUAGCCACGCAAGUCAAUCAGCUGGCAGCCCAGGGAGCGAGGUGCACUCUGAGGACAUAGCUGAUAUGGAAGCCCUUAAAGAAGACGAGGAAGAGGAUGAGCAUUCUCAUAACCCUUCAAAAAGCAGAGUGGCAGAAAUGCAGAAGAGAAAGGCAGAAUCUCAGUCAGGCAUUUGUUUGGGAGAGUCACAGGGGCCAACAGAUAUGAGCACUUCAAAUAAUGGAAAUGGAAAGGACUUGGUUUUUAAUUCAGAAUCCGUUCAAGCAGGAGACAGCCGCAUUCGCAUCUUGGAUGGGGAAGAGCCUGAGCAUGACAUGACAGGAGAGAUGAGUGGUGGUCACAUGCAAGGUUCUCAUGAUACCUGCAUAACCCGAACCGGAGACUUUCUUGGGGAAGCGAUUGGAAACGAGCUAUUUAAUUGCAGACGGUUUAUUGGUCCUCAGCAUCACCACCACCACCAUCAUCACCAUCACCACCACCAUCACCAUCAUCAUCAUGAGGGGCAUAUGGUGGAUGACAUGCUGAGUGCAGAUGAUGUCAGUUGCAGUAGCUCACAAGUCAGCGCCAAGUCAGAGAAGAACAUGGCAGACUUUGAUGGUGAGGAAUCUGGCUGCGAAGAAGAACUGGUACAAAUAAAUUCACAUGCUGAGCUCACCUCUCACCUCCAACAACACCUCCCCAACCUGGCUUCUAUUUACCAUGAACAUCUGAGUCAAGGUCCUUCAGUUCAUAAACACCAAUAUAACAGCAAUGCGGUGGUGGACAUAAACCUGGAUAAUGUUUGUAAAAAGGGUAACACCCUUCUAUGGGACCUGGUCCAGGAUGAAGAUGCAAUUCACCUAUCUGAAGGUCUGAUAAAUGAAGCAGAAAAACUCCUAUGUUCCUUGGUGUGUUGGUUUACAGACAGACAGAUCAGGAUGCGUUUCAUUGAAGGCUGCCUGGAAAAUCUUGCCAAUAAUAGAUCAGUGGUUGUCUCACUACGUCUUCUUCCAAAGUUAUUUGGAACUUUUCAACAGUUUGGAAGCAGUUAUGAUACUCACUGGAUAACAAUGUGGGCAGAGAAGGAACUGAAUAUGAUGAAGCUAUUCUUUGACAACUUGGUACACUACAUCCAGUCUAUCCGAGAUGGACAACACAAGCAUGCCUUGUACAGUCACAGUGCAGAGGUUCAAGUUCGACUUCAGUUUUUAACCUGUGUCUUUUCCACUUUGGGAUCACCAGAUCACUUCAGGUUAAGCUUGGAGCAGGUGGACAUCUUAUGGCACUGUUUGGUUGAAGAUUUGGAAUGCUAUGACGAUGCACUGCACUGGUUCUUAAAUCAAGUUCGUAGCAAAGAUCAACACGCCAUGGGAAUGGAAACGUAUAAGCAUCUUUUUCUGGAGAAGAUGCCACAACUAAAACCUGAAACUAUUAGCAUGACUGGUUUGAACCUAUUUCAACAUUUGUGUAACCUAGCCCGUCUUGCAACAAGCGCUUAUGAUGGUGGCUCAAACUCCGAGUUAUGUGGUAUGGAUCAAUUUUGGGGCAUUGCUUUAAGAGCUCAAACUGGGGAUGUCAGCAGAGCAGCCAUCCAGUAUAUCAACUCCUAUUAUAUCAAUGGUAAAACAGGGUUGGAGAAGGAGCAUGAGUUUAUUAGCAAGUGUAUGGAGAGUUUAAUGAUCGCCUCCAGUAAUCUUGAACAGGACUCCCAGUCAAGUCUCACCAUCAUUGAAAGGGGACUUCUGAUGCUGAAAACACACCUUGAAGCUUUCCGGAGAAGGUUUGCAUAUCAUCUAAGGCAGUGGCAGAUUGAAGGCACCGGUAUCAGCAGUCAUUUAAAGGCACUUAAUGAUAAGCAGUCCUUACCCCUGCGAAUUGUGUGCCAGCCAGCAGGGCUUCCUGACAAGAUGACAAUAGAGAUGUAUCCAAGUGAUCAGGUAGCUGACCUGAGGGCAGAAGUUACCCACUGGUAUGAGAAUUUGCAGAAGGACCAGUUAAACCAACAAGCACAGCUCCAGGAGUUUGGACAAAGUAGCCGUAAAGGAGACUUUCCAGGUGGUCUAAUGGGACCAGUUCGAAUGAUUUCAUCUGGCCACGAGCUGACAACAGACUAUGAUGAAAAAACACUCAAUGAACUUGGCUUUAAAGAUAUGCAGAUGGUGUUUGUGUCCUUGGGUGCCCCACGCCGUGAGAGAAAAGGCGAGGGUGUGCAGCUGCCUGCAUCCUGCUUGCCACCACCACAAAAGGAAAAUAUCCCCAUGCUGCUCCUCCUACAGGAACCUCAUCUCACCACCUUGUUUGACCUGCUGGAAAUGCUGGCCUCCUUCAAACCUCCUUCAGGAGAAAUGGUUAUGGAAGAUGUUGAGAGUAUUAGAUGUGAAGAACUGCACCUCCAUGCCGAGAAUUUGUCCAGGCGCGUCUGGGAGCUUCUGAUGCUCCUUCCUACCUGUCCCAACAUGUUGCAGGCGUUUCAAAACGUUUCUGAUGAGCAGGGAAGUGAUGGACCUUGCUGGAAAGACUUGCUCCGAAUAAAAAGUGCUCAUAAACUACUUUAUGCGCUUGAAAUCAUAGAAGCUUUGGGGAAACCAAAUAGGAGAAUAAGAAGAGAAUCUACGGGCAGCUACAGCGAUAUGUAUCCAGACUCUGAUGAUUCGAGCGAAGAUCAGAUUGAGAACAGUAAAAAUACGUGGAGCUGCAAGUUUGUGGCUGCAGGUGGACUGCAACAGUUAAUCGAGAUAUUUAAUUCAGGAAUUUUGGAGCCCAUAGAGCAGGAAUCUUGGACAGUGUGGCAGCUGGACUGUUUAGCAUGCUUGCUAAAGUUGAUAUGUCAGUUUGCUGUGGAUCCAACAGAUCUGGAUGUGGCAUACCAUGAUGUCUUUGCCUGGUCAGGGAUAUCUGAGAGCCAUAGAAAGAGGACUUGGCCUGGGAAAUCGAGGAAGGCAGCCGGGGAUCAUUCAAAGGGCCUGCACAUACCACGGCUAACUGAGGUGUUUCUUGUUCUUGUCCAAGGCACCUGUAUGAUUCAGCGGUUAAUGUCUGUUGCGUACACCUAUGACAAUUUAGCACAAAGGGUACUGAAGGCACAGUCAGACCACAGGUCCAGACACGAAGUUACACAUUACUCAAUGUGGCUCCUGGUUAGUUGGGCUCACUGCUGUUCUGCUGUGAAAUCCAGUCUAGCUGAAAGUGAUAAUUUACAAGAUUGGCUCAAAAAACUGACCCUACUUAUUCCAGAAACUGCAGUUCGCCACGAAUCGUGCAAUGGCCUGUACAAGCUUUCCCUCUCUGGUCUGGACGGUGGGGAUUCGAUAAACCGCUCUUUCCUGCUUCUGGCUGCUUCUACUUUAUUAAAGUUUCUUCCCGAUGCUCAGGCUCUUAAACCAAUGCGGAUGGAGGACUAUGAAGAAGAAUCUAUUUUACGACCUGGAUGUAAAGAAUAUUUUUGGUUACUGUGUAAACUGAUCGAUAAUAUCCACGUCAAAGAUGCGAGUCAGACCACGUUGCUUGAUUUGGAUGACUUGGCAAGACAUUUGGCCGACUGCAUUCGCAGCCGAGAGAUCCUAGACUACCAAGAUGGAAAUAUUGAAGAUGAUGGCAUGACAGGACUCCUAAGACUUGCGACCAGCGUCAUCAAACAUAAGCCUCCUUUUAAAUUUUCCAGGGAAGGACAGGAGUUCCUCAGAGAUAUUUUUAAUCUGUUAUUCCUGCUGCCAAGUUUGAAAGAUCGCUUGCAGCCAAAAUGCAAAUCUCACUCGUCUCGAGCUGCUGCAUAUGACUUAUUGGUGGAGAUGGUAAAAGGUUCAGUAGAAAACUACAGACUGUUACACAACUGGGUAAUGGCACAGCACAUGCAGUCUUCCCAUUCUCCGUAUAAGUGGGACUAUUGGCCCCACGAUGAUGUCCGUGCAGAGUGCAGAUUUGUUGGCCUUACUAAUCUUGGAGCAACUUGCUAUCUGGCAUCUACCAUUCAGCAGUUAUACAUGAUACCUGAAGCCCGGCAAGCCAUAUUCACAGCCAAGUAUUCAGAAGAUAUAAAGCACAAGACUACUCUGCUGGAACUCCAGAAAAUGUUUACGUAUUUAAUGGAGAGUGAAUGUAAAGCUUACAAUCCCAGGCCAUUCUGUAAAACAUAUACAAUGGAUAAACAGCCACUUAACACAGGGGAGCAGAAGGAUAUGACUGAAUUCUUUACAGAUCUAAUAACUAAAAUUGAAGAAAUGUCCCCAGAAUUGAAAAACACUGUAAAGAGUUUAUUUGGAGGUGUCAUCACAAACAAUGUGGUUUCUUUGGAUUGUGAACAUGUAAGCCAGACUGCUGAAGAAUUCUAUACGGUCAGAUGUCAGGUUGCGGACAUGAAGAACAUUUAUGAGUCUCUGGAUGAAGUUACUAUCAAAGACACGUUGGAAGGUGACAAUAUGUACACAUGUUCCCAGUGCGGCAAGAAAGUGCGUGCUGAAAAAAGAGCAUGCUUUAAGAAAUUACCACGGAUUUUAAGCUUUAACACCAUGCGAUACACGUUUAACAUGGUUACUAUGAUGAAAGAAAAAGUGAACACGCACUUCUCUUUCCCUUUGCGUUUGGAUAUGACUCCGUAUACAGAAGAUUUUCUAAUGGGAAAAAAUGACCGGAUGGAAGGUUUGAAGGAGGAUGGUGAAGAAAUGAAAGAAGCGGAGAGCUACGAGUAUGAUCUCAUUGGAGUGACUGUUCACACGGGUACUGCAGAUGGCGGUCAUUACUACAGCUUCAUCAGAGAUAUAGUCAAUCCACACGCUUACAAAAAUAACAAGUGGUAUCUUUUCAAUGAUGCUGAAGUUAAACCAUUUGACUCUGCUCAGCUUGCAUCAGAAUGCUUUGGUGGGGAAAUGACAACAAAAACCUAUGACUCUGUAACAGACAAGUUUAUGGAUUUCUCGUUUGAAAAGACGCACAGUGCAUAUAUGCUAUUUUACAAGCGUGUUGAGCCAGAGGAGGAGAACAGCAAGGAGUUACAUUUUGAUGUUUCUUCAGAGCUUCUUGAGUGGAUUUGGCAUGACAAUAUGCAGUUUCUUCAAGACAAGAACAUCUUUGAGCAUACUUAUUUUGGGUUCAUGUGGCAGCUGUGCAGCAGCAUUCCAAGCACUUUGCCCGAUCCAAAAGCUGUCUCUUUAAUGACUGCCAAGCUUAGUACUUCAUUUGUAUUGGAGACUUUUAUUCAUUCAAAAGAAAAGCCUACAAUGCUCCAGUGGAUUGAAUUACUGACAAAGCAGUUCAACAACAGUCAAGCAGCCUGUGAGUGGUUUUUGGAUCGUAUGGCUGAUGAUGAUUGGUGGCCGAUGCAGAUUUUGAUUAAGUGUCCAAAUCAGAUUGUGAGACAGAUGUUCCAGCGUCUUUGUAUUCACGUAAUUCAGAGGCUGAGACCUGUACAUGCACAUUUGUACCUGCAGCCAGGCUUGGAGGAUGGUUCUGAUGAAAUGGAUGGAGCAGUGGAAGAUAUAGGAAGUCGCUCCUGUGUGACUCGUUUUGUAAAGACCCUGCUGUCUAUUAUGGAACAUGGUGUGAAGCCUCACAGUAAACAUCUUACAGAGUACUUUGCCUUUCUCUACGAAUUUGUCAAAAUGGGAGAGGAAGAGAGUCAGUUUUUAUUGUCACUACAAGCCAUAUCCACAAUGGUGCACUUUUACAUGGGAACCAAAGGACCUGAAAAUCCGCAGGUUGAAGUUUUGUCUGAGGAAGAAGAAGGUGAAGAGGAGGAGGAAGAAGAUAUCUUGUCACUAGCGGAAGAAAAAUACAGGCCAGCUGCUCUUGAAAAGAUGAUUGCUCUAAUAGCGUUCCUUGUAGAGCAGUCUCGUUCAGAAAGGCAUCUAACUUUGUCUCAGAAUGAUAUGGCAGCAUUGACUGGAGGAAAGGGCUUUCCCUUUCUGUUCCAACACAUCCGUGACGGAAUUAAUAUUCGACAAACGUGCAAUCUGAUUUUCAGCCUGUGUCGGUACAAUAAUCGUCUUGCAGAGCAUAUUGCAUCCAUGCUGUUCACAUCCAUAGCAAAGCUUACGCCAGAGGCUGCUAACCCUUUCUUCAAGUUGCUGACCAUGAUAAUGGAAUUUGCUGGUGGACCCCCGGGGAUGCCACCAUUUGCAUCCUACAUAUUGCAAAGGAUUUGGGAGGUGAUAGAAUAUAAUCCGUCUCAGUGCCUGGAUUGGUUGGCUGUUCAGACUCCACGCAACAAGCUGGCGCAUAGCUGGGUUUUGCAGAACAUGGAAAACUGGGUGGAGCGUUUCCUUUUGGCGCACAACUAUCCGAGAGUGAGAACAUCUGCUGCCUAUCUUCUGGUUUCUUUGAUUCCAAGUAACUCAUUCCGUCAGAUGUUCCGUUCCUCACGCUCUCUUCACAUUCCCACAAGAGACCUGCCUCUUAGUCCAGACACAACUGUGGUACUCCAUCAAGUGUACAAUGUUCUCCUGGGACUCCUUUCAAGAGCCAAAUUAUAUGUUGAUGCUGCUGUGCAUGGUACCACCAAGCUGGUACCCUAUUUUAGCUUCAUGACGUACUGUUUGAUUUCAAAAACUGAGAAGCUUAUGUUUUCCACCUAUUUUAUGGAUUUGUGGAACUUGUUCCAACCUAAAUUGUCUGAACCGGCCAUAGCCACAAACCACAACAAGCAAUCACUGCUGUCCUUUUGGUACAAUGUCUGUGUUGACUGCCCAGAGAAUGUGCGCCUUAUUGUUCAGAACCCGGUGGUUACCAAAAAUAUCGCCUUUAACUACAUCCUGGCAGAUCAUGAUGACCAAGACGUAGUUCUCUUCAACCGUGGAAUGCUUCCAGCGUAUUAUGGGAUCCUUCGCAUGUGCUGCGAGCAGUCUCCUGCCUUUACCCGUCAGCUUGCCUCACACCAAAAUAUUCAGUGGGCCUUUAAGAACCUCACACCACACGCCAGCCAAUACCCUGCGGCUGUGGAAGAGCUGUUUAACCUCAUGCAGCUCUUUGUAGCUCAGAGACCAGACAUGAGGGAAGAAGAACUGGAAGAUAUCAAACAAUUUAAGAAAACUACCAUCAGCUGCUACUUGCGUUGUUUGGAUGGCCGGUCCUGCUGGACGACGUUAAUAAGUGCCUUCAGAAUAUUGUUAGAGUCCGAUGAAGACCGUCUUCUUGUUGUAUUUAACAGAGGGUUGAUUUUAAUGACAGAGUCUUUUAACACGUUGCAUAUGAUGUAUCAUGAAGCAACAGCCUGUCAUGUAACUGGAGAUUUGGUGGAGCUACUGUCAAUAUUUCUAUCGGUCCUCAAAUCUACACGUCCUUAUCUUCAGAGAAAAGAUGUUAAACAAGCACUAAUCCAAUGGCAAGAAAGGAUUGAAUUUGCCCAUAAACUCUUAACAUUGUUAAAUUCGUACAGUCCGCCUGAAUUACGAAAUGCAUGCAUAGAUGUGCUGAAGGAGCUUGUGCUUCUCAGCCCACAUGAUUUUCUGCACACGUUGGUCCCGUUUUUACAGCACAACCAUUGUACAUACCAUCACAGUAAUAUCCCAAUGUCAUUUGGCCCCUACUUCCCAUGUCGUGAAAACAUGAAACUUAUAGGAGGAAAGAGCAAUAUCCGUCCACCUCGCCCAGAGCUCAAUAUGUGCCUCUUACCCACAAUGGUAGAGUCCAGCAAGGGUAAAGAUGAUGUGUAUGACCGCAUGCUGCUAGACUACCUGUCUUCGUAUCACCAUUUUAUUCAUCUCCUCUGUCGUGUUGCAAUCAACUGUGAAAAGUUUACAGAAACCUUGAUAAAGCUAAGUGUGUUGAUUGCGUAUGAAGGGCUCUCUUUACAUCUUUCCUUCUUUCCAAAACUCUGGACUGAACUCUGCCAAACACAGACUGCGAUGGCAAAAAACUGCAUUAAGUUGCUGUGUGAAGAUCCAGUCUUUGCAGAGUACAUCAAAUGCAUUUUGAUGGAUGAAAGACUCUUCCUCAAUAACAAUGUUGUGUACACGUUCCUGACUCAUUUCCUAAUGAAGGUUCAAAGUCAGGUGUUCUCUGAAACCAACUGCGCGAACCUCAUUAACACAAUAGUAACAAAUCUCAUUAAUCAGUAUGAAAAUGUGGAGUCUGACUUCAUCAAUAGAGUUGAAAUUUCCAAAGCAAGCAGCACUUUAAAUGGGGAUCUCCGAGCACUGGUUCUUCUCCUUUCGGUACACACUCCAAAACAGCUUAAUGGCGCCUUAGUUCCAACUUUGCAAGAACUGUUGAGCAAAUGCAGAUCUUGUCAACAGCAGAGGAAUUCAUUGCAAGAACAAGAGGCUAAAGAAGGCAAGACUAAAGAUGAUGAAGGUGCUACCCCUGUAAAAAGGAGACGGGUUAGCAAUGAAGAGGAGAAUAUGGUAGAAAGUUGUGUUGGCGAUCUGAAAAAUGAGCGUGAAGCAUCUACACCAACAAGCACGUCUGACAAUGAGACAAGAGACUCUAUCAUUGACCCAGGAACUGAGCAGGACCCCCCAUCUCCUGAAAAUAAUUCUGCUAAGGAAUACAGGAUAGAGGUUUCCUCUUCAUUUUCUGAAGAUUUACUUCUGCCCUCACGGCCUCCGCAGACAGAAGAUCAACCUGGUAGCAGCGGGAAAUAUGAAGAAAGCAAAGAAAUGAAAGACGUUGAGAGCCCUAAAGACACUAACGUGACCGAUGAAGACCACGAGCUUCCUUCCACCUCUAUUUCUGCAGUGUUGGCUGAUUUAGCAGAUCUAAAGAGCUGUGGCAAUCAGCCCUUGUCCUCACAAGAACCGGAACUAAGCCCGUCUAUAAAUUGUGAGCAUUCCAGGGGACUUUUUAGUCAUGUUCAACAAAAUGACAUUUUAGAUACCCUGUGCAGGACCAUAGAGUCCACAAUCCUUGUGGUAUCAAGGAUCACAGGAAAAGAAAACAAAGCUGCUUCUUGACAUUAGUUGUAGCAUGUCUGCUUUUAAGUCUUUAUUUUUUUAUUAAUAUUUUUGGGGGGUUUUUGGAUGGGUGGGGGGGAUUUUUUUUGGAUUUUUUUUUUUAAUGCUGUUUGUAUACAAAAUUUUGCAUUUUUUUUCUGUUUUGUGCUUCAGUUUGUCAAGUGCUUUCUGCUUGAAUGGCAAGAUAGAUUUAUAUGCUUUAUUCUUGGUCACGCAGAUGAUCUCAAACAAGACUUGCAUAUACAGUACACUUUGUACAGGCCAAUCAUAAUGGAUAUGUUUUAUUGUAAUUCAGGUUCACUGUAGAGGCACUCAUUUAAUAUGACUGCCUGGAAAAUGGAGGUUACCUAACCCGACAUGAUGUAAUUUAAAGUUGUCAUUUUUACUGUGUAUAAUAUAGUGUCCUCUGUGCCAGUUUUGUACCUUAUAUUAGAGGCAGAAUGCCUCAAAAAUCGCUGUGGUUCUUAUUAUCAAAAUUAAGUUUACUUGUACUAAACCACAAGAAAUUUGAUUCUGUAAAGAAUCCUUUCUGGCUGUGGCCUGGCAGUAUAUAUGGUGCUUUAUUUAACAGAAUACCUGUGGAAAAAAUAAAGCACACUUGAUGUAAAAAAAAAAAAAAAAA